CCUCCAUCAUCUUCGCCCAUGCCGCGCCAACGCAUCCCCGCCUCGUCCGAGGCUUCCUCGGACGACGGAGCGCCGGCGACAUCGCUCCCUCAUCCGCGCACCGGCAUGAUCGUCGAGGUCGUCGUGCCCGUGCGCGCCGCGCCGCCGACGCACUCAGACGCGUACAUGCGUGCCAUCCGCGAGCGCGUCAGCGCGAAGCGGGCAGCCAAGGCAAAGAAGGACGCUGCAGCAGGAAAGAAGGGUCAGGCUGCGUCCAAUCAGGCGAAGAGCGCAGGGAAGCAGAAGAAGGGCAAAGCGGCCAUCAUCGAAAUCUCAGACGACCCAGCGAGCUCUUCGGACGAGAUCAUGCCGCCCGCUGCGCCCGUCGCCUCCUCGUCGCGCGUGCAGCCGCAACCGCAGCCGGCACGCACGAGCGCGUCGAAGAGCGCCACGCCUGCUGCGAUGCAGCCACGAGCAGCAACAUCAGCAGCAGCGGCGGCGGCGGCGGCACCUACGGCGACGACGAGCGUCGCAGCCUCUGGCACGCCGGCUCGCGCGGCGCCGCUGCGCGCUCAGCAUGUCGCCUCACCCAUCGCGCACGAGCGCAACAACGGGCUCUUUCGCGGCGCGCUCUCGUCGGACGAGGACGACGAAGCCGAGGUGGCUGCCGAGCUUCCUAGCCGAGCAGCAGAUGCGACUGCCGCCGCGCUGCUCUCUCCUUCGCCGCCACCGCUGCUGCAGAGCCUCGCGCCGCCGCCGAUCGAGGACUCCGAUGAGGACUCUGACGCCGGGCCGGUCGUAAAGCGCGUCAGGACGGCAAAGGAGCGCGCUGUGUCUAUCUCCUCCGAGGACGACAGCGACGACGCUCCGGCACCGCCUCGUAAAAGCAAGGGCAAGAAGAAGCAGCGCGCCGGUGGCUCGUCGAAGAAGAAGCGCGCAAAGAGCUCGAGCUCGAAGGAGAAGAAGAAGAAGCAGCGCAGGAAGGGCUCGGAUGAUGAUGAUGAUCUGCGGCAGGACCUCAAUGUCGACAAGUACGUGGCGAGCACCUCAGGCGCAAAAGCGAAGCGCGAGAGGGAGAGACGCAUGGCCUUCUUCCAGCGGAAGCGCGAGCGCAAAGCCAAAGGGCUUUCUUCCGAGGAGGAGCCAACGUCGUGGUCCACUCCUUCUGCGUCCAGCGACGACGACGACUCGUCCGACGACAGCAGCAGCGUCUCCGACUCCUCGUUUGUCAAGUCCGACGACGCCCUUCCGAACCCUUACGCGCACCCUCCGGAACGCGUCAAGUCGAGGAAGGAGAAGGCGCUCUUCCCGGCACGGCCGCGCGGGCCGGAUCGCAGCGGCCCGUCGUCUCGCAAUCCGACAGGAGGACAAGCUAGCGUUCUCGAGGGCACCGGCCUCGUGCGCAUGACGACGCUGCAGCACUGUCAGGCGUGGGUGCGCUGGAUCACGCUACGGCUUCUCGGGACGGACGCGAGCGGCGACGCCGUCAUGGCGAUGGCGGCAUCGCGCGCGCGGCUGCAAGAGCUCGUCGCAGGGCACUACAAGGCGCUGACAACGCAGACAAUGCGCCGAUCCUUCUACUGGCAUCUCCGCCAUUACGGGCACUUCGAGCGUCGGCCGGUGUCGUCAGAGGAAGAGGGAACCGGCUGCGCCGCGUGCGGCAGAGCCUCGCAUCCGCGCGACAGCUACUUCACCUUCUCCGGCCGCUUCUACGACCGCGACACGCUGGCGUGGCUCACGCCCGAGCAGGACGGCAACACGUCGUCGGAGUGCUCGACGAGCGGAGAAGGGAACCACGUCGUCGAGCGCCGCGGGCACGAUCCCAAGACUCGCACGCGCAGCUUCUAUCUCGGCGCCUCCUGUGCGCUCCGCGCAAAGCUGAUGCACAGUCUUGCGCACUGGGAGUUCCACGCCAUGCGCGCCGUCAAGGCCAACGCGGCGUUCAAGCAGCUCGUCAAAGACGUGCAGGACCAGCGCCGCACGCCGAGCAGCGACGACAUCGACAGCGUCGUGCAGUCGUACGCGCCGCGCCUCGAGCGCCAGCUGCGCAAGUUCGGCGACGAGAGCCAGGAGGCUCAGUUCAACACGGGCAGGUACAAGCACCUCAGCGCUCGCGAGCGCGACGGCUCGGUGUGGAAGGUCUGACCGUCCGCCGACUGGACGGUUCCCCACAUCUCUCGGUCUCUCUCUCUCGACAUAGCUCGCUCGUCACCUCAAGAAUGCUAAUCACUCACGUCACGAAGCUUCGAGCUCUUCCCUCCGUUCAGCUAAUGAGAACCGCGUCAUCCA